UUGUGGUCUCAGUCCUACCCGAUGAUCGGUCUAUGAGCUCUGAGCUCGCUCCGUAAUAGGGAUGGUUGGGUGGGUGACUAGCAGACGACCGUGGUGAAAAAAAUUAGUGGUAGUGCCGCAAGCGCGUCACACUCGCUGUGACACACGGUUCGCCGGUGGGAGAGUUUCGGCGGCGGUGUACAGCACCCUGCCCUGCAUCAGAACGCCAUAGAGCGGCACCAUGCUGUACAUACUGUAAAUACGUACUACGUAGUACGGGACGUCCGCUGUGCUGUGUUGUGUUGUGUUGUGCUGCCAGACACGUUGCCUGAUCGUGUGGUGCAAGGCUGCCCCAACCCCCCACCCCGAUCCACGCUCCUCUCCCCACCAAGACGCCGUAACAUCGCAGCGCAGCGCACCACACACUACAGAAUCAGAAGGGCAGCAGACGACGCCUGAUGAUCCCCACCCGGCCUGACUGGCUCUCCCUGUACUCUGGCCCUACCCCUCUCUGCCUUGCUGCCCACCGCUGCCCUCGUGCCCCAGUGAUGCUGCUCCAGGUGACAGUGAGUGUGGUGCAUGAGUGAGGAUGAAUGAUGAAUUGACAGCCAGCACACACAGACAAGCACACUUCCAGCAUGUGCUCAGCAGGUGGUACCAGUGACACAAGUGGAGGAGGAGAUGGGAAGAAUGCAGCAGGAAAUGGUGGAGGAGGAGAGGAGGAAGUUUCUGGGGAUGCAAGGAAUGGACAGUCCCUAGGGCCUGAAGAGUACACUAGACUGGCACGGGAUGGCAUCCAGCUGAUGCUGAACAACCGGUUUACAGAGGCGGAGGAACUGUUCCGUCACCACACCCAAGACAAUCUCCACAUGGCCAUGGGAUACUGCUACCUCACUUUCAUGAAUGCUGUCAUGUCCUUCGAGGAGGAGAAGGUGAAUCACAGCAUGGAGACAUUGCGCAGCAUGGAGCGGAGGUGUGGUGGCAAUGACAAUGGUUGGCUCUCCUCCGUCAGGAAUAUUGUCUUGGGUUCCAGGAAUGGCCACGACCAGGGAGAUGAGCCAGGAGCACAGCUGGAGCAACAGGUUGUCUUGGCUGAUUGCCAGGUGUUGCUGGCCAUCCUUACCUUCUUACAGCAGGAAAUUGGCUCCUAUGUGAAGGGUGGGUGGGUCUUGCGAAAGGCCUGGAAGGUGUAUGAACACUCCUACAUGAAAGUCAAGAGGAUGUAUAGACAAACCUUUGGGGAAGCUCAGGAUAUGCCCAUGACACCUGGGGAUGACUGCCCUGGGUCACUGCAGUCCAGCUCUGAUCAGCUGCAGAGCCCUGGUUCCUGGUCUGUGGGGUCCACUGGGGUGCCUGGCCCUGCCCAAGAGGAAGAGACCAGCUCUUCACAUACCUCAGUUGGCCUGCGCCUCACUCUCUCCAAGUCUGUGCCUAACUUAAAAGGAUUCCUCAACUCAAACCACAGGCAAAAUUCCAAAAAGCCGCUGCCUCCUGAUAUGGUGGCUCGGCUCAUGGCUUCAGUCAGCUUUGGGUAUGGACUGUUCCAACUGUGUACAUCCCUCUUGCCUCCCUCUCUCUUGCGGCUGGUCAAUGUGCUGGGCCUGCAGGGGGACCGCUUGGCUGGCCUCUCUGCCCUCAUGUUCACCCGAAAGUCUCAUGACAUGCGUGCUCCCUUAGCUACUCUCACCCUGCUGUGGUAUCAUACUAUCGUGCGGCCAUUCUUUGCCUUGGAUGGAAGCAAGGUGAAAGCAGGUGUGGAAGCAGCCCACCUCCUCCUCCAAGAGGCCCAACAAAGCUACUCCCAGUCUGCCCUCUUCCUUUUCUUCAGGGGUCGAGUUCACAGGCUGCAAGGUGAUAUCACCACUGCCCUUGUGGCCUAUCGUGGGGCCCUCCAAGUGUCCCCUCAAAGGGAGCUGCAGCUACUUGCCUUGCACGAGGUGGCCUGGUGUCACUUACUGCAGCUUAACUGGGUCCAUGCCCAAGGUGCCUUUGCCAAUCUUAAAAGGGAGUCUCGCUGGUCCAAGAGUUUUUAUGCCUACAUCUCUGCUGUGUGUCUUGGAGCAGCAGGUCGGGAGGAGGAGUGCCAGCAGGGCCUGCAGGAGGUGCCCAGUCUAGUACGUCGCACUAACCAUGCACUGGAGGCCUUCCUUCUGCGCCGUGCUCUUAAGUCUAAGAAUACCACUGUGAAUAGAAACUAUUGUCUGCUGCGUGCCUAUGAGCUCCUCUACCUCUGGAAUGCUAUCUCUUCCUGCUCAACUCAACACCGUCUUCAAAUGGUGGAAGAGCUGCAAACCAUGGGCCAGUGUGAUGAGCUGGAAGGUUUACGACACCUAUUGCUGGCAGCCAUUCUAGACACAAUGGCCAACACUGAGGAGGCAAUGGAACACUUCAGACUCAGUGUGCAACAUGGCCUCCUCAACCCUGAUGAGAUGUGUGUGCCUGCCUUUGCACUGUAUGAGUUGGGUCUGCUACUGAGCAGCUCAGAAGAGACAUUACAGGAAGGAAAAAAGUGUUUGGAAGAUGUGCGAGACAACUACCAGGGAUACGACUUUGAGAAUCGCCUUAAUGUGAGAGUCCAUGCAGCCCUCAGAAGUCUUCCCUAGUGUGUGUGUGUGUGUGCGUGCAUGUGUGUGUACAUGUGUGUGAAAAUAUGUGCGUGUUGAUUUGUAUGUUCGUAUUGAUGCAGACCACUAGGGAAGCUACCUUGCGUCCAUGACUAUUAACCCUUUUACAGGAACACUAUUAGCUGUACUCUGCUAUUUUGUACUUAAAGGUGAGUGUAUUUUAUAGUAUGUAUGUGAUAAAAGAGAUGUUAAAAGCAAAAUAGACUACAGAAUAUGAAUAUAAUAUUAGUGCAUAAGAUGGAUGAAAAAUGUUAUGCACAUCAAAUGGACGAAGCAAGAUAACUGUAAUCAGAGGAGUCUUUGUACCAAGCAGACAAACAUUAUGCUUGGGUAGCAGAUUUUUUCUGUCCAUCAACACAGAAGUUGAAUUAUUGGCAGGGGUGUAGAGCUUGGAUUAAUUUGCUACUUCAUGCAUGGAUUAAUCGCUGUGAAUGCCAUGUACUCCUGUGUGAAAACUGUAGGUUAAUGCUCAGUGAACGCAGUAGAUAUUCCAUAACUUAGUUAUUACUGUGAAAAUGGACAAUCUUAGUACUAACGUCAUUACUUAUGAUCUUUCAUUGAUAGACCUCAGUUGCUCUCUAUUACAACAUACUUAAUUUGUUGGCAGUGAUGCUUAUAUAGUAUUUUAAGUUCCUAUGUUUCACUGCUUACUUUAUCGUAUCACAUACAAGCUAGACAUGAGUCACCUUGUGUCUACUGUCCAAGGUUAAAGUAAUGUUAUAUUUUACUUGAUAAUAUUCCAUAACUUUAAAUCUUAUUCAUGAAAUAUUUUUAGUCAGCACUUUCCUUGUUACACUGAUCUACGCAGCCCUCCAUUUUUCUCUUAUGAAGCAUUUAAUUUUCUUUUGAGUCUGUUAAACACAAUAUCUUGAAGCUAGUACAGUACUGUAGUCUGACUUGCUCUUUAGAUACAUACUGUAUUUGUAUUAGUACAUUAGAAGAAUUUAUGUUGAGUUUUCAUGACUAGUUACUGACAUAUUCACUAGGAAAUUUACAGAAAACUAAGGUUUAUUAAAUUAUUUUUCCUUUAGUAGUGGAAUAUACAAAUAUAAGUAUGUAAGUUCAUCUUUGAACAGGAUUUCUGAAGGUGUUCACUGAGAAAAGAUAGAUAAGCACUUUAAUUGCUAAGCCAAAGAAAAUAUUUAUUUCAACAAUAUAAAUGUUUUAUAAUGUAUACUAGAUAUGUGAGGCACUGGAGGUGUACUUGAGUGGUGAGUUAUUUACAUUACUCUUGAAAAGUCUGAAUGAUAGUAAACUGCCUACACUAAAAUGUUUAGGAUAAUUCGGGAAUUUAUUUUCAUAUUAUAUGAUAUUUAUGUGUGUAAAUUAAUUCACUCAAAAAAUUGCAAGAAGAGUGCAUGUCAUAAAUAUAGGGUAGAUACUAAUAUGUAAGAAAAAUUAAUGCAAAUUCUGCAAACUUGAUUCUGAUUUUCAGAGAUGAUGUUCUUAGAAUAUGAUUGCAAGCAGUAGCUAUAAAAAGAAAAAAAAAAUAGAUGCUUAAGCAUUAUAGCUGUUGAUCUGUACUGAGGAAAGGUAGCUGCCUUUGUGAAAUAAUUCAGUAUUGUGUGUAUGAGUGCAGCAGUCAAAGGGAAAAUUAGGCACUGUGAUGGUAUUGAUGGUGCAACCUUACACAGAUUUAUAGUCAAGAAUAAUAGGCACAGGUAGGCUGAAAAGAUACUGGUUUUCAUUGGAAACUUUCCUUUCAUCAAUUGUAUGAUUGUUAAAGUUUUGAAUAUUUUCCAUGGUUACAGAUUUACCCAUUUCUUAACUCUGGAUAGUUGAUAUGUUUACCUUAAUCUGAUCACAUGCAAAAGGAACUGUACAGAACUUUUAUCUUCCAAAGACAACACACAAGUAUUUUUUUUAUUUGCUUAUUCAUUUUUUAAGGAUAUAAGCAGCUUGUAUUAUGUACAGUACUUUACUUGUUGAAUAAGUUACAUAUUUUCCUUCUAUAAGAAUGUGAUUUGGUAUCAAGGUGCAUGUUGCAUAGAUGAAAAGGAAUUUUGUUAAAAAAAUAAUUUGUCCAGAACAUGAAAGCCAAUUUGUUAACACUGAAAAUUCAGUAUGAGGGAAAUGAGGAAGGGAAUUCUGACAUACUUCUAGCAAACAUUAUAUGAAGUGUGUAUUGUAUCUGACCUCUGAUAUUGUUCUGUUAUAGAAAAUCUUAAUUAUUUGUUAAAUAUUAAGUGUGUGUGUGUGUGUGUGUGUGUGUGUGUGUGUGUGUGUGUGUGUGUGUGUGUGUGUGUGUUCUUGGACUUUAUUAUGUAAAAACAUCAUGCUAUAUAUGAUGUACAAAAUAUGUGGAAGAAAACAUGGUUGAGAUUGCCUUGUAUGCACAAGAAUGCAUUUAGUUUUGGUCAUAAUGUAUUCCUACCAACUACAUAAUAUAUGUUAAUAUGUACAUAAAUCAUCUCCUCUGUGCUUUCUCACAUUCAUCUUGUGGCAGCAAAGAAUAGACAUGUUGAUUCACGGUUACACUCUUUGCUCUGGUUCACUUGGGUGUUGUGCACUGCUUUUUUUCCUACUGAGAUUCCUUUUGAGGCUUCCAGUGUUCAGAAACCAGAAGCCACAAAGUAUGGAAUGAGAACUGGUUUACAAUUGAUGUUAACUCUGCUGUAUGCUUCUCAUAUUGAUGACACCACAAAAAAAAUGGAGGUGUUGAUGUGUUGAUCUUGUCAUCAAACUUAGUUCUCACAUAUCUUCCAUUUCUGCUGUUUUCAGUGUUAUAGUGAUAUUUAAGAAAAUGGAAUGUAGUUCAGGGUUUUUGUCCCUGCAGAUUUACUGUCACAAAUGUCUUUCACAAUUUUCUUCCUUUUUCUGUUUUCAAAAUGAGGUAAUUGCAAGCUGUUGUCUUUUUAUUUUCAACAUUGUCAUUAGCUUUACUUUGGUGGAUGGAAUCUCAAAAAGCAUAAAUACCAAAAAGUAAUUAAAAAGAUAUUUCUAAUAGAUAUUUUGAACUUAAAA